CAAGCUCAAAGGCCUGAGCUUAAUUUUAAGUAGAGGAUUUGACCGCAGAGUGAGUCAUCGUGUUUAUAGAUGAUCUUUGUCCGGUGUGCACAGCUGCUGUAAAUCAGAGGUGAGGCAGCCAGCAGAAGAGUCGGAACCCUGCAGCUGUCCGGCGGACAGGACCGUCAUGGAUCAUCCGGUAAACCCACCGCUUUAGGUCGGACCGAGGCCGCUCGGAGCCGGAGGACGGCCGGGAGGAGAGAGGCGACACACGGCGGAGGGGAGGCUUCCUCCGGUUCCUCCCUGCUGGAAGAAAUGUGGCUGAACCCGGAGGAAGUUCUGCUGAAAAACGCUCUGAAGCUCUGGGUGACCGAGAGGAGCAACGACUUCUUCCUGCUGCAGAGGAGGCGAGGUCAUGGAGAGAGGACCAGCAGGAUCACAGGUCUGCUGGUGGGGGCGCUGGACACGGUGCUGGACUCCAACGCCAGGGUCACACCCUUCCGCAUCCUGCUGCAGGUUCCUGGCUCCCAGGUCAGCUGGGUCAUCGCCAGCGGAGCUGCUGCAGAGGAGGUGAACAAGCACUGGGACUGGCUGGUCCACAACCUGCUUCACUCUCUGUCCGUGUUUGAGAACAAAGAGGAUGCUGCUGGCUUUGUCAAAGGAAAAGUGAAGGGUCUUAUUGCAGAGGAGGCUCGAGGACGCCAGGCGGCUCAGGAGGAGGAUCCGGAGAAGUUCCGGGAGGCGCUGCUGAAGUUCGAGAGGCACUUCAGCCUCCCUCCCUCUGAGAAACUGGUGACGUUCUUCUCCUGCUGCUGCUGGAAGGGCCGGGUGCCUCGGCAGGGCUUCCUCUACCUCAGCAUCAACCACAUGGCCUUCUACUCAUUCCUGCUGGGGAAGGAAGUGAAGUUCGUCAUCCCCUGGGCAGAGGUGACACAGCUGGAGCGGCUCUCCACUGCUCUGAUGACCGAGGCCAUCCGGGUCACCACCCGGCAGCGGCAGAGGGAGUUCUCCAUGUUCCUGAACCUGGACGAGGCCUUCGGGCUCAUCUGUCAGCUGGCUGACAUCACCCUGAGGCGUCUUCUGGACAGCGAAGGCCUGGAGCUGGACCGGGUUCUGCAGCAGCCCGCACAGAUCACCAAGAGGGUCCUGGAGGAACAGGCACUGAGAGAUUACGUCCUGGCUUUGUUUCGGCUGCCUCGUGCUGAGAUGCUCCACGAGGUGGCUGCGUGUUCAGUGUGGACGCCACACGCCCGCUGUCACACGGCCGGGACCCUCUACACCACCGACAGUUACCUGUGCUUCUGCAGUCGAGAGGAAGGCAGCUGCGUUCUGCUCAUCCCUCUGUCUGAGGUGUUGUCCAUAGAGAAGGCAGAGAGCACCAGCCCCCUUCCCAACCCGGUGAUCGUGAGUGUUCGCAGUAAGAAGGCCUUCCAGCUGAUCGAGCUGCAGGACCGAGAUGAGCUGGUGGAGAACAUGAACUGCAGACUCCGAGCUGUGCAGUGGAAACAGUCUGUGUUCCGCAGCAGGAAGGACAGCAGAGGCAGUGUGAGCUCCUCAACACCCUACUACACCUUCUACUACGACUCUGGCUUGUCUGAUGAAGAGGAGAUCGAGGAGCAGGUCCUGAGGAACACGGUCAACAGUGAAGCUCUGAUGACUGCCUUCCACCACAACCAGCCAGGAACCAAUGGAAACAAAAGCAUGGAGGAAGUGAAGGAGAAACUGUGGGAAAGUCAUUUCUCUGAGUUCGGCCGCGGCGUCCACAUGUUUCGCACAGAGAAGAUCCAGAAGUUGGUGGCCAUGGGGAUCCCAGAGUCACUGCGAGGCGAGCUGUGGAUGACGUUUUCUGGAGCUCAGGUGGACCAGUCUGUGUUCGAGGAGCUGAUCCGAGAACGUCUGCCUGAGCUGGCCGAGCAGGUCCCGGACCUGUCCACGCUGUCGUCCGUCUCUCUGUCCUGGUUCCUCACCAUCUUCCUCAGCGUGCUGCCCUUCCUCAGCGCCGUCUGUGUGGUGGACUGCUUCUUCUUCCAGGGAAUCAAAGCCAUCUUCCAGCUGGGCCUGGCUGUGCUGGAGGCCAACACUGCCCCGCUGUCUGCCUGCACUGAUGAUGGACAGGCGCUCAUGAUCCUCACCAGUUUCCUGGAGCAGGUUGGAAGUGAAGAGUCACCUGUUGUUGUGUCCUCUCCACCUGCAGAGGAAAACAGCUGCAGUGACACUAACCCUGCUGCUGCACGACCCAUAAAUAUCACUGACCUCCUCACUGACGCCUUUGAGAAAUUCAAAGACCUGAGCGUGCGACACAUCGAGCGGCUCCGCUGUCUGCACAGAGUCCAAGUCCUGCAGGCCCACGAAGACACCAUCAAAGAGAACGCAAUACGACUUGUCACCCCUGAGGUCUCCCUCUCUCCUGAACAUCUCUCUGACAUCUACGAUCUGUUUAAGACGGAGCACUUCAUCAGUCUGUACUGGGGCGACUGCUGCUCCGCAGCAGCAGCAGAGGCAGCAGCCUGGCAGCACAGCGACUCCAGCCGCUCCUUCGUGGAGCGCCAGUACCGAGUGGACCGAGCCCAGUUUAAGAGCCUGUACGGGCUGCUGGCGCCGUGGCCCUCGGUCACUAACCAGCACAGCGACACGCUGGCCAACCGCACCUUCACCCUGCUGGACCAGAACUGCGACAGCCUGGUCACCUUCAGAGAGUUUGCCUGCUGGCUGGACACUUUGUUCUGUCAGGAGCUGAGUGAUAAAAUACGGCUGCUGUAUCGCCUUCAUAUCCCUCCAGCGCUGACAGAAAACGAGGAUGAGUUGGCCCUCAGGAGCCCCCUGCUGUCUACAAGCAGACCUCUCUACGUGGAGAAAGAGACGGCAGGGGGGGACGAGGAAGUCAGAGAUUACCAGGAGCAGCUGAAGCAGAUGUUGCGGGAUCUCAGCAAAGAGAAGCAGAAGGAUGUGGACAAACCUCUGCCGCUCAUGAAUCAGAGAGAGUUCAUCCAGUUCUGCAAGACGCUCUACAGCAUGUUCCACAAUGACCCGGAGGAGAACCUCCUCUUCCAGGCCAUCGCCACUGUUACCAGUCUGGUGCUGCAAAUCGGUGAGGCCAGUCACCGACAGACGAAGGGCUCAGAGGUCAGCAGUCAGGAGGAGGUGACAGCAGCGAGGCGCUCUGAGGCCGUGGACAGCAGCACAGGUCCAGCUGCAGAGAGCGAGUGGACGGUCAGCUACGCUCAGAUCCUGGCCUCGCUGCUGACUGAGCAGUCGCUGGUGAACUUCUUUGAGAAGACUCUGGAUCUGUCUGCUAAGAUCUCUGAGGCCAAAGACAACCAAUACCAGCAGAGGGCGGGGCUGCUCAGUCUGCAGCACAGGACCAGAUGACUCCAGGUGUGACCAGGUGACUCCAGGUGUGACCAGGUGACUCCAGAUGACUCCAGGUGUGACAAGGUGACUCCAGGUGUGACAAGGUGACUCCAG